GGCCCGCUCAAAGCAGCUUUCUCUUCCUUGGCAUGGAGGCCUGGCCGCUGCGGUCAGGGAGUCGACUUGCAAGCGGCCGCCGGGCGGCGGGGCGGCCCCCGUGGUGGCGGGAAGCGGUCCAGCCCCAGCCGCCGGCCCCCGCUCCGAGUCCCGGCCGGCGGAGUGUAAACAGCCCGGCUCGGGCGGGGCUGGGGGCGGGCCCGGCAGGGGGAACUGAAGCCCCGGAGGCCCUUGUGGGUCUCUCCGGUGUCCCCGGGCGCCUGCCGGCGCUUUCGGGGUGAUGUCACGGCUUUCACCCUGAUGUCAUGUUGGGCAUAUGACGUCACGCGCAGCCAGCCAGCCCAGAGGCCGGGGCCUUCCCGCCGAAGCCGAGGACUUUCUCUCCGUGGAACCACCGGCGCGCCCUCGCGACGGCGGGUAGGGGCUUGGGGUGCUGCACUGCCCGGCUAAUCCGGGGACCACCACCCUUCCUUCUCGAUGGUCUCCCUCACCCCACUGCGACCCCUCAGCGGCUGCCGGCCUGCUGGGAGGGACGGAAACGCCUCCAGGGAACCCGGCCCCGCCUCCCGCCCCGCCUCCCGCCGCAGGGCCAGGAAGCGCGGAAGGAACUGCCAGGGGCCAUGGACGGAGCAGAGAUGGAAGGGCCGCUCUUUUUGCAGAGUCAGCGCUUUGGGACCAAGAGGUGGAGGAAGACCUGGGCCGUGCUCUACCCGGCUAGUCCCCACGGCGUAGCGCGGCUCGAGUUCUUUGACCAUAAGGGGUCGAGCUCUGGAGGUGGCCGAGGGAGCUCGCGCCGCCUGGACUGCAAGGUGAUCCGUCUGGCUGAGUGUGUGAGUGUGGCCCCCGUCACCGUGGAGACCCCUCCUGAGCCCGGCGCCACUGCUUUCCGCCUGGACACUGCUCAGCGCUCGCACCUGCUGGCGGCCGACGCACCGUCCAGUGCAGCCUGGGUGCAGAUGCUAUGCCGAAACGCCUUUCCGAAAGGCAGCUGGACUACCGAUAACCCACCUAAGCUUUCUGCUCUGGAGAUGCUGGAGAACUCCUUGUACAGCCCCACCUGGGAAGGAUCCCAAUUCUGGGUAACGGUGCAGAGGACUGAGGCCGCCGAGCGCUGUGGCCUGCAUGGCUCCUACAUGCUGAGGGUGGAGGCUGAGAGGCUGACUCUCCUGACCGUGGGAACCCAGAGUCAUAUACUGGAGCCACUCCUGUCCUGGCCCUACACUCUGUUGCGUCGCUAUGGCCGGGACAAGGUCAUGUUCUCUUUUGAGGCCGGCCGCCGCUGCCCCUCGGGCCCUGGAACCUUCACCUUCCAGACAGCACAGGGAAAUGACAUCUUCCAAGCAGUCGAGACUGCCAUCCACCGGCAGAAGGCCCAGGGAAAGGCGGGACAGGGGCACGAUGUUCUCAGAGCUGACUCCCAUGAAGGGGAGGUGGCAGAGGGGAAGUUGCCUUCCCCACCUGGCCCCCAAGAGCUCCUCGACAGUGCCCCAGCCCUGUAUGCUGAGCCCUUAGACUCCCUGCGAAUUACUCCACACCCUUCCCAGGACUCCCUAUACUCAGAUCCCUUGGACAGCACCCCUGCUCGGGCAGGAGAGGGAGUACAACGGAAGAAAGCGCUCUAUUGGGACUUGUAUGAGCAUGCGCAGCAGCAGUUGAUGAAGGCCAAGCUGACGGACCCCAAAGAGGAUCCCAUCUAUGAUGAACCCGAGGGCCUGGCCCCAGCCCCUCCCCAGGGCCUUUAUGAUCUGCCUCGGGAGCUCAAGGAUGCAUGGUGGUGCCAGGCUCGGGUGAAGGAGGAAGGCUAUGAGCUCCCCUACAACCCUGCCACUGAUGACUAUGCUGUGCCACCCUCCCGGAGCACAAAGCCCCUCCCUGCUCCCAAGCCCCAGGGCCUAGCCUUACCUGAACCUGGUACUGCAACUGGCAGUGGCAGCAAAAGACACAAUUCAGCCCUGUACAGCCAGGUCCAGAAGAGCGGAGCCUCAGGGAGCUGGGACUGUGGGCUCUCUAGAGUAGGGACUGACAGGACUGGGGUCAAGUCAGAGGGCUCUACCUGAGAAGGAGGGCAAGGCCUGAGGUCGCUGAGGAGAACCAUGGGGAGGUGGCACUGGGGUCAAAGAAAAUGGUUAGAACCAGCAGAAGCCAGAGGGUGGGAGGAGCCAUGUUGUGUGAGAGCAGGGGACCAGAGGGAUGGGGGAGUCAAGGGAAGGACUAUCCCAGGAAGUCCUAAGAAGUGGGACAGAUGACAGGGCUGACGGAUGGGCUCUACAUCCCCCUAAAGCCAUCCCUUCCCCACUUCCUGAAAGGAAGGGACAGCUGUGGGAGCAGGUCUGUGGAAAAUGGGGCAUGGUCAGAGUGGGUGCAGUUUGAGGGUCUGUGUGGAGGUCUCGGAGAUGCUGGAAUGUGCCUGGAUCCUUACCCCUGCGUUGUUCUUUGCCAGAUAUCUAUUCCAAAAAUUUUAAAUUCUCAUUAAAGUCAGCUUGGGUUUAAGA